AUGGCCGACCGACGAACGCCCGCUGACCAGGUGCAUAGCAAACGCCCAUCGAUAUAUAUAAGCCCGUUCGUCCUCCCCAGACCCGCGGUUUACCUUUCCCGGAACAAGAGUUCCAACAUCGAGAAGGCCAUCUCGGCCGUCCCAGGUCUCACCGCUCCCUCACCUCCAGACACGCCACGUCUUCGGAGGAAGAGCACCAAGCCCGGAAAGGCGUGCGUGGAGAUGUCACACGAAGACGUCAAGAAAGAGUUCGGCCACGACCAGGAAGAGGAAGAAGAGGAGGAAAAGGUGCCCGAAAAGGAAGACAACAAGUCCCGGCCUUCCCACAUCACUCGCAGCCAGCAUCCGCUCCCCAAUGAGCACUCCAACCCAGAACCGACGACCAAGCGAAAGGCAGCAGAAACAAAGCCGGCGUCGGAGCCCGAGCUGCAAGCGCCUGCAAACAAGAGAGCCAGGACGGAGACGGAUGCCGAGCGUAUCCGUCGACUGGAACAAGAGUGUGGCCAACUCGCCCAGAAGCACACACUUGACCAUCACCAGAUCGACGAGUAA